AUGAAGGCCGCACCGCUUCUGGUAUCGUGGCACAAUGAGAACGCCCCAAUCUACUCGGCUCAUUUCGAGCCUGGUGGUAAGGGACGUCUAGCUACAGCUGGUGGUGACAACAAUGUUCGGCUAUGGAAAGUCGAAAACAACGGCGAGGAUCGAAAGGUCACAUAUCUUUCUACCCUCAUGAAACACACACAAGCUGUCAAUGUGGUCCGAUGGUGUCCCAAGGGCGAGGUCCUUGCCAGCGCCGGCGACGAUGGGAACAUCCUGCUCUGGGUCCCCGCCGAGAACCAAGCUCUCCACCAGAACUUCGGCGAGGAAGGCCUCGAAGACAAGGAGACAUGGCGCGUGAAGCACAUGUUCGGAUCUUUGGGAUCUGAAAUCUACGACCUGGCCUGGUCACCCGACGGAGUCUUCUUCAUCACCGGAAGCAUGGACAACGUCGCGAAGAUAUACAAUGCCCAAACAGGUGCAUGCAUUCGUCACAUUGCCGAGCACAAUCAUUACGUCCAGGGGGUAGCAUGGGACCCUCUCAACGAAUACGUAGCGACACAAUCCUCGGAUCGUUCAGUGCACAUCUACACACUCAAGAAUAAGGAUGGUCAAUUCUCGUUGGCACAGAAGAUACACAGGAUGGACCUCCCUGCCCGUCGAAUCUCGUCCAACAGCCCUGCACCCCCCGACUUUGGCGGCCGAGCUUCGUUCGUUUCCAAUGACACCGCUGUUGCAGCUGGUUCGCCCGUACCGUCUGCACCCGGAACACCGCAAUCGUUGGCCCUCCCCAUGAAUCCACCCACAUCCCACAGCCGACGCUCCUCCUUCGGAUCAUCUCCCGCAAUGCGCCGAUCUGCUUCGCCAGCGCCUUCGAUGCCGCUACCAGCGGUCAUGCCCAAUUCCCCGAGCCUCAACAGCCUCAGCGGCUUGGGUGUCCGGAACGCUCCCAUGUACGCAAAUGAGACCCUGACGUCGUUUUUCAGACGCCUUGCUUUUGCCCCAGAUGGCAGUUUGCUAUUCACGCCGGCCGGGCAAUAUAAGACCGUGCAUCCCUCUUUAACAGAAGGCGUCAAGCCAACAGAGGAUAUCACCAACACAGUCUACAUCUACACACGUGCUGGGUUGAACAAACCUCCCGUCGCAUAUCUCCCCGGGCACAAGAAGCCUUCCGUCGCCGUCCGCUGCUCCCCGGUCUACUACACACUCCGUCAGUCAGCUCAACCCACAAAGCAAAUCACUAUCGACACCGCUUCCUCCGAGGAAGAAAUCCAAGCUUUGCCUGAGCCAGCCAUACCGUCCAAGGCACCGACAUCACAUGCGUCAAUGGACCCUCCGCGAUUGACGAGUGCUCCAUCGCCGUCACCCAGCCUGACCUCUGCCUCCCCGAAGCAUAUCGAUGGCGAUGCACCGACGUCCAACGGCCCACCGGCCGGACCCGAAUCUGCUUUCAAGCUACCAUACCGCAUGAUCUAUGCCGUUGCAACGCAAGACGCGGUUCACAUCUAUGACACCCAACAACAGAAGCCCCUUUCUGUUGUUAGUAACCUGCACUUUGCCACCUUCACAGACGUCACAUGGUCUUCUGAUGGAUCGACACUUCUGAUGAGUUCGUCAGAUGGAUUCUGCUCCGCUCUCUCCUUUGCGCCAGGCGAAUUGGGAGAGAAGUAUACAGGACCAUUGCCGACACAGACUCGGACACACCACACUCCUUCGACCAUCAACACCACGACGUCCCAGUCUUCUGCCCAGUCCACACCCAUGGUUACGCCCACCGCAUCCAGCGUGCCUCCUACAAGUUCGACCCCUCAGCCCAAACACCCCGCUGCCGGCAUUACGGCGGCAUCAAGCUCAUUUAUACCAGCACGGUCCGGCAGCCCUACCAGAAGCAAUUCUGUCUCGAGCAUUGCCACCGCCUCUUCGUUUGCUGCUCCCUCACUUGGGGAUCAAAGCAACAUGAAUGCUCCGACGCCUGCCAUGUCUCAAGUCCCUGGGAUAACAGCGACCAAUUCAGGUCCCGUGCCGAUGUGGACUCCACCUAUGACGCCUGCCCAAGGCGGCACGCAUAGUGCAAGCAGCUCUGUCAGCGUCGUUUACGGACGCCGCUCGAGCGAAUCGGAGCGAGAGGAUGGUGUGAGCAGCAGGAAACGAGACCUGCAAGUGGUGCUAGAAGCUGAGGAAGGCCGCGAGGGCAAGAAGAGGAGGAGGGUUGCACCCACCCCAGUGAUCUUUGGGAGCGGCACCGAUGCUGACCAUGCAAUUGCCUCGACUGAAGAGAACACACCAACCCAGACACCAACGCGGUAA